CCGGACGGCCCGUGAAGGCAGCACCAUAGGAUGAAGGGGGCUGUCACCAAGCUAACGUUAGCCACACGAUGCUAGGUGCAGUGAACGCACCAGCUCCGUCAACAUGCCCCUGACCGCUUAUCUCCUGUUUUUAGCCGCGGAGCUUCUCUAAAACCCGGGUUAGCUCGUUCACGAUGCAGCGCUUCAGCGAGCCGAGCUAGCCGGGCCGGCGGACUCCCCGUUCCCCCCGUCGUCGUGGCCGCAGUCGGCUCGCUAACCCCGGAGCGAGUUGUUGUUAGCUUGUAGCAGUUAGCCUGGCGAACAUGGCGAUCGUGUCCGGCUCCUGCGCCCGGGUGAACGGCUCCCGGAACGGGCCCUCCGCGUCCGCUACGCCCUCGGGCUCCGCGGGGCAGUCGCAGCCCAUGAUCGCGGUGUGGGAGUGGCAGGACGACCUGGGCUUCUGGCGGCCGUACAGCGGCCAGGUGAGCGCCCACAUCGAGCGGUGCCUGUCGCCGCGGGGCCACCGAGGAGCGGGACCCGGCUCCACGAGCAUCUGCCUCGGACAAUCAGACCCCAGCCUGUCGCCGUACCUCAUCGACAUCCCGAGCCUGAAGCAGUUCCGCCAGGACACAGGAAAGACCAGGUCGGUACGCCGGUCCCUGUUCGCCCAGUCCUCCGGCCUCGGCAGCGGAGUCUACUGGGAAUGGGCCAACGAUGAGGGAGGGUGGACUCCGUACGAGACUCGAACCUCCAUCCUUCUGGAGCACAGCUAUCAGGCGCGUCAAGGCACCGCGGACCUGGGCCCUCAUGGAUAUAAUUACAUCGUGGAUCUCACGUCUCUGGCCCAGGUGAACAAAGCCACGGGGUUCAGGCGGCAGGUGCGACGUCAGUGUAACCUCCCGUACCCGCUGGCCUCCAACGGCCCCCCGGCCAUCCCCUCGGGCCCCGCGGGCCCCGCGUGCUCCUGCCAGCAGUGUUUGAGCCACAGCAGCACGGGGCCCAUGCCCAGCCGUUCACGACACUCCUUCUCGUCGGGGAGUCUGAACAGGCCCACCCUCCAGGGGGCGGGGAGGGCUGUGCCGACUCACCCCACAUCUGUCUACUCGCCAUACCCACGGAGACCCCUCUCCGUUGGGGCGAUGUCUUGGGGCAGCCCCUGGCCUCCACCGCCCUCUGGUAGUCAACUGGCUGCGCCGCUUCUGACCAGCUCCGCCAGUGCAAACGGUUUAAGCGUUCCCUCCAUCUCUGUGCAGCUGAACGGAUCCACCAGCGUCAGCUCGGCUCUGGCAGGCAUGGCCUCCAUUUUGAUGUCAGCAGUGGGACUCGGCGUGCACUUCACCAAUGCCCCCCUCCCUCAGCAGCAGCAGCAUCAGCAGCAUCAGCCGCAGCUUCAGCAGCAGCAACCUGCUCCUUUCUCUCUUCCUCCUCCUCUCCUCCCCCCCGCCAGCAGGCCCAGCAAGCCCCACAGCAGCAGCAGUGGCAGCAGCAGCAGCAGUUCAGUUAGGAGAGCAAAGAGGCAGCACAGGAGAGCCUCGGCUCAGAGACCUGAGGACGUGAUUCAGCGCUACAUGGAGGUGGUGGCCGGCGUGCCAGACGAGGACUGCAUCAUCUGCAUGGACCAACUGUCCAAUCCGUCCGGCUACGAGCCGCCGGCCAGCGACGACGGCGGCGGCGGCCACGGCCACAACAUCCUGCCAGACAACGUGGGCAAAUUCAUCAAAUGUGGACACACGCUGCAUAUGCUCUGCAUGCUGGCCAUGUACAACAACGGAACCAAGGACGGCAGCCUGCAGUGCCCCUCGUGUAAGACAAUCUACGGAGAGAAGACCGGCACGCAGCCCAAAGGCAAGAUGGAGAUUUACAGCAUCGCACAGUCGCUGCCCGGCCACCCGGACUGUGGCACCAUCCAGAUUAUCUACAGCAUACCUCCUGGCUUACAGGGACCGGAGCAUCCUAACCCCGGGCAGCCGUUCACCUGUAGAGGCUUCCCUCGCUUCUGCUUCAUACCCGACAACGACAAAGGCCGGAAGGUGCUGGAGCUGCUGAAGAUGGCGUGGAUGCGGCGCCUCAUCUUCAUCGUGGGCACAUCCAGCACCACGGGGGAGCCGGACACCGUGGUGUGGAACGGGAUCCACCACAAGACGGAGAUGAUGUCCAACUUGUCGGGCCACGGCUUCCCUGACCCCAACUACCUGGACAAUGUUCUCUCUGAGCUGGCGUCUCAGGGCGUGACAGAGGCCUGCCUCAAACCUCCAGGUGGCGGCGGCGGCGGCGGCAGCUAGGCCACAGCUCCCGGCUUCACACGCUUCCACUCAGAGCUGACCACAGACGUUACCCUCAGAAAUCCACCUCAGUGGCCCGGUGGACCUUCUUCCACCUCCGUCAUUUAGUAGAAGUCAGCGUCUGCUCGGAUCUCUUUAAGUGAGCGAGGGGGGGGGGUUGAGGACAGGUCACGGAGCUUCUCUGCGGAGGGGCGGAGCUGAGAUCCACAUUCCCACACAUCACAUAUUCCAGGAGACUGAACUCGGAGAGAAACACGUCCUCGACACUAACCUGAACCUCCACAAGCUGGAGACGUCUUCUUCUUCUUACCUUGUUUUUCCAUCAAGUCUCAUUUGUUUCCAUUGACACAGAAUCGGGGCCAUUUUGAAGAAAGGUCGAUUCUGAGGUGUCGACAAUGGAGGGAAAAUAUCACGGUAAAAAAAAAUGUUACGAGAAUUAAGUCGUAAUUUUUUAUCAUAAUAAAGUCCGAAUUUUACAAAGAAAAACUAUAAUUUUCAGUUCAAGAUUUUAAAUCUGGUUAUUUACUGAACAUUUGUCUUUAUCUGGAGAUAUUGUGACUUUUCUCGUUAAAUUACGACUUUUCUCUCGUAACAUUACAAUGUUGUUAACGUACUAUUAUGACUUAUGUUUUUAUUAUCAGGCCCCUUUUUAUCGUAAUAAUGAUUUCAGCCUCGUAAUAUUACGACUUUGCUCUCGUAACCUUUUGACCUUGUUCUCCCACAAUCGUGUUCUUCAUCUCGGCCCUGGCGCUCGUCAUCGUAUCCCAUCGUCCAGUUGCCAUGAGAACGGCAGCUCUCACUGGGGAUAUAAAAAAAUCUCCUGAAGCACUUUAGUUCUGACGUUAGUGCAUUUAGCCGAGUGUGUGUGUGAUUCCCCGUCAAAGGGCAGUGAACUUGUUUUAAAUUGGGAUGUUAUGCAAUUCAAGUGUUUCCGCGGGAAACGUUUGUGUUUUAGUUCAACGACACUGAAACCUUCGUAGCAGAGCGAGUUUUUAUGAACCCGGGGGCAAUACGUUACUGUUGUACAUACAAAUAAACAGGAGUGAAUGAAAAAUAUGUAAAAAAAAACAAACAAACAAACAAACGUCGGGAGGGAGGGAGGGAGGAUAAAGUUGUAUAUUUUGAAACGUUUAACUUCUAAUUUGAGGUCACAGUUCAUUCCCUGAUUUGACGAACCGAUGUUUGAUGCACUCGCUCGCUGGCUCCUCACGGUUUUGAAGUCACUGCGUCUGUCGGACGUUCUGCAGACGGUUGUUUGUCACUUAGUGUUUGCGUUGCCAUGUGAGAAGAGACGAGGUCACGUCGCGUUUCGCCCGAUGACCCGAAUCCUUCUCCCUCCCCCGAAAACUGACGGAAUCGCCGAGAUUAGAAUGAAAAGUCUGGAGAAGAACGUUUUGUGACAAUCAAGGUCAUCGAACUCGUCUUGAUUAAACAAGACACACGUGACGCCGCCGCCCGGCUGCUGACUCACCCACUGUACUCACAUUACUCUGCUCACAGUUCUGCAGCACAGUCGCUGGACUGAGUUUUGACAUGUAAACAAGCAAAACUGAAAAAAGUCUGCAAUAAAGAAAUGAAGCAAAAGGA